UCCCCGAGUGCGCGCGGCCGCGGAGACUUGGGCGGAGCAGUGUACACGGGAGUGAAGAGCUUAUGACGUUGCACACCUGCUCGCGAGCUUUGUGAUGAGAGUUUCGAGCCAAGAUCGAACCGCGGAGCGAGACUGAUUGUAACUGACAGGCAGCGGCACCGUGUUUCCUGAAUGUGGAGGUGGGCAGUUCGGGCACAGUGAGCUGCCAGCGCUCAACUUAGACCGGCGGCUGCUAUCCUUUUACUUUCCGAGUCUGUGGUCAAGGUGUUAGGAAGAGAGUGAUGACAUCACGAUUUCGUGUGCUGGGUGGGAGAACAAACCACACACGUGCCUUUGAAGUACCAAGAGAUAAACAUCGGUCAGAGAUCAUCUGUAAUGUCCAGUUCCUUGAUGGCAAUUUGCAGAGCUUCAAAGUUAAUAAACAAGAUGUCGGUCAAGUUCUGUUGGAUAUGGUCUAUAAACACCUGGACUUGAUUGAAAAGGAAUAUUUUGGUUUGCAAUUUAUAGAUGACUCAAUAGAGUGUCCUAGGUGGCUUGAACCUAGUAAACCUAUCAGGAAACAGCUUAAAGGUGGGGCGCUAAAUGUCCGAGUGAGAUUUUUUGUAACAGACCCAAAUGCUCUGCAGCAAGAACAGACAAGGCACUUAUAUUUUUUACAACUGAAGAGGGACUUUAUUGAUGGAAGGUUGCCUUGUCCUCACAAUAAAGCAGCCUUCCUUGCUUCUUAUGCAGUCCAGUCUGAACUUGGAGAAUACAAUCCUUCUGAGCAUCAACCUGGCUAUAUAGAAAACUUCCACUUUAUACUCGAUAAAAACCAAGAAUUUCGAACUAACGUGAUGUCCUUGCACAAACAACACAGAGAUCUUAAACAAACAGAAGCAGAACUUGGUUACCUGAGUAUAGCAAAAACCCUUGAAUUUUAUGGCGUGGAAUUGCACAAUGCAAGGGAUCAAGGCAAUUUAGAAAUAAAGAUUGGGAUAUCCUCUGAAGGACUGCGUGUCUAUCGAAAUAUGGCUCGAAUCAGUUUUUAUCCCUGGGUAAAUAUAACAAAGAUUUCUUUCAAGAGGAAACGUUUCUUCAUUCAGCUAAGGGAAAAACCUAACGAAUCUCAAGAGUGUGUUAUUGGAUUUAAUAUGCUUAAUUAUAGAGCAUGUAAAAUUCUUUGGAAAUCAUGUGUAGAACAUCACACAUUCUUUCAAGCAAAGAAGCCACUACCUCAAGAGAAAAAAAUGCUUUCAAACUAUUUUACACUCGGCCACAGAAACCAGAACAGGACAAUUACCAAUCAGUUCUGUCAUCGUGUCAUUGGUGGCAUGGUCUGGAAUCCAAUAUUAAGAAAGUCUGUAUCAGUUGAACAGUUGGAAACCAGAAGUCUGCCUUCGCGCUCUCCACCAUCUACACCCGAUUGGCCAAGCCCAAGAUUAAGACAUGAUGCUCAAAAGCCAAGACAUUCUUCUGUAGAUAACCUUGCUACUGAGAUGGCAUAUAUCACAGAAAGUGAAGAAGUGUUUUAUAACUACAAGGCAAACAUUCCAGCCUUUGAAAAUAAAAAGGAUGUGGAGGCCUGUCCGAAACAUUCAUCACACAGCUGGUUAGAAGAACAACAAUUAGCAAAGAUAGUUGCAGAGGACGAAAUGCAACAACAGUUCUCGCACUGCAUCAAAAGACAACGACGAUCAUUCAUACACUCAGUGAAUGGUGUAGAAACUGUUGUACCAUGUGAUGAUCACCUAUCCGUGUCUGUUUCUCACCCACUGGACGGUGUUGACUUGCAGUUUCUUGAGACCUAUGGCUUUAAAACACCAAGAACAAAUAUGGAUGAAACAAAUCCCUGCCAAUACUACUGUGAUGACAAGAUUGCCAGAAUUUGCUGUUUUUGUUGCCUGAAGACUGAUCUGGUAAACAGUGAUAAUGGCUUUCUUUGCGUUCACAUGAUACCUGAUGAAGAAGGAAAGUUUGGUUUCAACUUAAAGGGUGGAGUUGACCAGAAAAUGCCCCUCAUUGUGUCAAGAGUAAGCCCAGGAUCACCAGCUGACGUGUGUGUGCCAAAACUGAAUGAAGGAGAUCAGAUAUUGUUGAUUAAUGGCAGAGACAUCUCUGAACAUACUCAUGACCAAGUUGUAAUGUUCAUAAAAGCAAGCAGAGAAUCACACUCCAGAGAACUUGUGCUGUUGGUUAAAAGAAAAGUUACAAGCAGUCAUAAAGAGGACAAGGUGGAAGAGGAAAUAGACUUCCAGUGUUUUCCAGACAAUUCCAUUCAUUCCUCAUAUCCUGAAUAUGGUGAUUCAUUAGAAGAAUCCAUGAUUCAGCUUCGAAAAGGACUUGAAAGCGGAGCUAUACUUAAUCAGUUUGAUCAACUUUACAGGAAAAAACCUGGAUUGGCUGUCAUACAUGCAAAGAUGCCACAAAAUAUGGACAAAAACAGAUACAAAGAUGUGUUGCCAUAUGAUGUUACUAGAGUUGUAUUAGAUGGAUCAGAAGAUUAUAUUAAUGGCAGUUACGUCAAUAUGGAAAUCUGUGGUACCACUAUCCAAAAUAAGUACAUUGCAUCCCAAGGUCCACUUCCACAUACCUGUCAACACUUUUGGCAAACAGUUUGGGAGCAAAGUUCAUCUUUAAUUGUCAUGUUAACUACCCUUACAGAAAGGGGACGGGUGAAAUGCCAUCAGUACUGGCCAGAUCCUCCAGAAGUAUGCAGAUAUGGCAGCUUUCAUGUCACAUGUCACUCAGAAGAAUAUAGCAUUGCCUAUGUUUUCAGAGAAAUGACACUUACUAAUUUAGAGACGGGCCUAGAACGUGAUGUCAGUCAUCUUCAGUACGUAGCAUGGCCUGAUCACGGUGUUCCUGAUGAUCCAAUGGAUUUCUUUGACUUUGUGACUUGUGUGAGACAGAAAAGAAUCGGAAGAGACAAUGAGCCAGUUAUUGUUCAUUGCAGUGCUGGAAUUGGUCGAACUGGUGUCCUUAUUGCUAUGGAAACGGCAAUGUGUUUAAUUGAAAACAGCCAACCUGUAUACCCACUGGAUAUUGUUAGAACAAUGCGAAACCAGCGUGCCAUGAUGGUACAGACGUCGAGUCAAUACAAAUUUGUAUGUGAAGCCAUCCUACGUGUGUAUGAGGAAGGUUUAAUUCACCCGUUGGAAGCAUGCCAGGCUGCAAGUUAGUACCUGUGUUGGAGAAUGUUGACUAAUUUCUACACAUUGAAACAAAUCUGAAAAUGUAGUGCACAUCUCGGUGCUUGGCCUGCUCCAUAAAUCUGAAAGAAAGCCGCUUGACGAUUGAGCACAUCUGACGACUAACACGUUACACCGAUGGUUAAAUAAGGAAUAUAUCUGUAAAUCUUUGUUAAAUGGGCACCACAUUUUAUGAUAUUGUCCUGUGUUUCAAGUUAUUAAUUUUGUCAAUCUGACGUAUCUUUUCAAGAAACUGCUGAGGAUCAGGAUGCCUUUGAAAUUAAAAAAGUUGAUGGCAGUUAAAAUUUAGUCCAUGACACAACAUAUAGCAGUGAGCUUGUUUAAAGCCCAGUAAUGCAAUGGAAACCAUUUAAUGGUUCUGGUUAAUGCUGCUAACUUUUUUUUUUCCCCUUCAUUUAAUCACCUAAUGGUUAUUGGUUAAAAAGUUAACUUCUGAUUGUUUAGGAUUAUUUAUUACUUAAAUGUCAUCUCAUUCACAGGUUAUAAACAUCUCUAUUCCAUGAACUCAGAGCAGAUUUUAAUUGGAAAUCACUCCAGCUUUCUAUACUGUAGGACAAUACAGUUAACUGUUUAACAAAAACAGACUCAAUGUGUGAAUGUUGGUAUGUACAGUUGGUGAAGUCACAUAUUUGACCCUUCUGAUUCGAUUAACGUUUAAUGAAUUUUUCACACAUUUUAAGUAAGGAAUCAAGAAGUACAACACACAUGCUGCAGUACAUGUGAUCCUUUAUUGAGAAUCAUGUAAAAUAGGGUGACUUGGUAUUUAAUUUAGUAGAGCUCCCAAUUUUGAAUCCCAGCUUUCACUUGGUGUUCGGACCUGUCUGUCCUCAUAGGACGUUAUACUUCUCAACUAGUUCUUAGGCCAUAGAAUGGAGCUCUGGUUACAUUCAGACUGAGGGAAAAUGUCAUGGAAUCAGUCCCCAACAAUUUCAUGGAAUUAGUGCAAAGCCACAAAGUCGGGAACUUCUGGCAAAAGGAAGGAGCAAGUAAACGAAAGAUAGUUCAAUUUGCCAAAUAUCAGAAUGUUAGGUUAUUCAGGCUGAAUCAAAUGUUUUAUAUAUUGUAUUUUUGAACGUUCAAAAUGUAGAUGCAAUAAACCGUAGUAAAUUAAUAAUUUGGAAUAAUCUAAAUAGUCCACUUCCUUUGCUGCAGUGAGAGACACUGACCUGGCUUGUCUUUCUGUGUUAUUUGUCGAGUGUUUUUAGUUUCUAGGAUACACUACAAUCCAAUAGGAUCGAGAAUAGUUUAGUUUAGCACAACAUAGUACAUCACAAUGAAUUUUUAAUGUGGUACCACAUGAAAGCAAUUUCAGAUUUUGAGAGAUUUUCACCUAUGUGCUUUAAUUUUGUACGACUUCACUUUACAUUCACAUUUAGUUGAUUUUGUAACUAGGCUCACUGUGUGAUGAAUUGCUCCAGCUCACAGCACUUCUGUUGAAGUUGUAUUGUUAAGAGGAUGCACAAGUUUGUUCGAUUCAAGUCAGACUUUCUUGCAGCCAGUCAGACAGAAAUUCGUGGACAUGUUAAAUGUUUCUGGCCAGCCUAACAUCUCUUCCUCAACCAAAGAAGGAAGAGAGGUAUUAAAUGGAUGGGAUGCAGAAGAUUUUAUUAUAUUUGUACCACAAUGAAACUAUUUCAUGAAACACUUUUUAUACAGUUGGUAAAGGAAAAGCAGUUUGUUUUUCUCAUUGUUCCAACAAUUUUAAAAUUUCAUUCUUUUGUUAUUGAAUUGUAAUUACUAUACAAAGUAAUAGAAUAAAGCAGUAUUGUUAUGUAAGUAUGAUUAUUUCACUGUGGGAUUAGUGCCAAUUAAAACAACUUUUUGACACAUCAAACAAAUAAUUGGUCUAAGUAUAGGUAUAACUGAAGGCGUGCUGUACUGAGCAAUUUUUCAUGUAAAUUUACACCAUUUACCUGCCAAAAGAACCAAAGUCUUAUACUGUUCAGUGCUGUCCCAUCAGUCCAAAGUCAUGUGCCAAGUGUUGUAAUUUGGAGAAAUACCGCUUUGUGCAAUAUUGUUCUUGUGAUUUGCUCUGGGUAUGGGUCAGUGGAGAUGGUAAAGGUGCAUUACUCUGCAGAAGUCACUCAUUUGCCCUUGUAUACCCUUGUCUAUAUGGCAUUUGCUUCAGUUGGUGUUAUUUACUUGCACAUGUUAAAAACUUAAACAGAUGUAAAAUUGCUGCUGUUAUAUUUCAGGACAUGUGCUUGUAAAUUGAGCAGCAUGUUCAUUUUAUAAUACAUAACCUUGUUGACUCCAAUGAUAUCAUUUCUCCUUAAGCUGCAGCUAUUGUGAAAUUUCCUCUACAAGCCUGUCUGAAAUGUGGUGUGAUAGCAACACUAACAUGAAACCAAUUGGACAAAGUGAUUUACUGCCAUCUGACUGCCCCAAGUUGAUUUUACUAUUUCUCUCCUUUUCAGGAUCAAUGCUUGUCACUCUUUCCCCAACACUGUCUGGGACUAUCAGGUGUACUGUAAUAUUACUGUAAUAUUGGUGUCAAGAGGAGUGAAGUUAGGAAACACUUACAAAGAUUGAGAAGUUUAGAGAUCUCAUACCAAGUAGAAUACUCUCCUAAACCUUAUUGUUGAAGCAGAGCCCAUUAUUAUGUUCAAAGAGAAUGAGAUACUUGUUUGAAGAAGAGAAAUAUUAAAUAGAAUGUGAAGUAAGCAAGAAGUGGGAUUAGAUCAUGUAGGUUGUAUAGAGAAAUGCACAAGUGUAAACUUGAUGAAUUGUGUGUCCUUUUACUGUGUUGUAACAUUGUAAUAAAUGAUAAAUCAGUCAUAGCUUUAAGAUGUCUGGUGAAACAGCCAGAGGAGUUUGUCUCUUUAUAUAGAGUGAAUUAUGAUCCAGAAUGCAUCACUAGAGAGUGUGGUACAAGCUGAUUCAUGAAUGACAUUAAAAAACGAAAUUUCAUGUAGACUUAAAAAUGACAUUUAUCAGACCAGUGGCAAAUGAGACUGACUGGAUAACUUUACAAUGCACUGACAAGGGCACAAUGGGCCAAGUAGCUGCCUCCUGAUUCUGUGCUUCCAAGAUGAUCUAUCAGACAUGCAUUUAUAUUUAUAUAUGUAUCUGUAAAGAAAAUAAGUUAUUUUAAAAUCUACAUGCAUCUACAUAUUUCUGGCUUCUGAGAAUAUUGUUAAAAACAAAGGUGAGGUAUGAAGGGGAUGAUUAAUCUUGAAAAUGAUCAAUGAUUAAUCUGCAGGUCUUAAGUUGAAUAUUGCAAUUCACAUUUUCUUUUACUGACGUCAGUGCAAUCUACAGCAGCUGAACUGACAAUUAAUUUUGAGGUACAGAGAUCUUUUAUUACUGGUCCCUCUACAAUAAUCCUGUAUUCUGCAUUAGUUGAAAGGCCCCACGAAAGAAAUCCAUGUUGGUUGUAAUGUAUUAUCACUUUGUGAACAUGACAGUCGAAAAAGAGGCAGGCAUUAGGGAGUGUCUGAAAGGCUGGGAGCUCCUGC